AUGACGAACAACCUUUGCGCCGCCGAGUUGGCCAUUUACAUUGCCCUUGCAAUUCCCAUUCUAUACCUUCUUGCCAAACAUGGUCGUCAAGGCCUUUUGGGAUGGCUGUUCUUGUUCAUCUUCUCCUCUCUCCGAAUCGUGGGAAGUGCCUUAGGCCUCAAAAGCUCUAGUCCUACCGCGAGCAUAAUUUCGAGCGUCGGAUUGUCCCCUCUGUUACUCGCAACAAGCGGCAUUCUGCAUGAAGCACGAUUUUACCGAGUUGCUGGUCUUGACCAAAAGCUUGAAUGGGCACUAGCGCUUUUCUACCACAUAUUCGUUGUUGGCGGCGUUGCUCUCACUGCUGCCGGAUCAGCGAAGCUCCAAUCCCAUGAGGAACCUGUUGAAAAAGCCGAAAAGCUCGUCAAGGCGGGUAUCGGCAUUCUGACGGUAUGUUGGGUAGCUUUGGUUGCUGGGACAGUAGCUUCAUUCAUUGCACCUGUCAGGAAAAGUGCCCUCGGGCGUGCAGGGACUAUGUUGCUUUCGACUGUUUCAUUUGCGCUGGUAUUCAUUGGAAUUCGGGUCUUCUACAGUCUUGUCUAUCUCUGCACUCAGAACCCAUCCCUAAACCCGACAACGGGUUCUCUUGCGGUUAGAGUAAUAUUGGGGUUCUUGUCAGAAUUGAUUGCUGUACUUGCCUUUUUAGUCGUUGGCCUCAUGACCCGAAAUGCAUCGAAGCAGACACGAGAGCGGAUUGAUAUGUUACCGGUCUCCCGAACCGCUCAUUAA